AUCCGCCGCCGCGAUGCAGGGCUCCCUGCGCCAAUGGCGCCGGGCCGCUACAGUGCUGCUGGCCGUGGGUCGCGCGCACCCAAGUCCGAGCCCCGCCGCCGCGGCCCAGGACUACGAGAUCUUAAUGCUGCAGCGCACCCAGAGCAGCAGCUUCUUGCCUGGCGCCCACGUCUUCCCUGGGGGCGUUUUGGACACCUCAGACUGUUCGACCGACUGGCUUCAUGUUUUCAAGCCCUACUACGGGCCGCCGGGCUUCGGCCUGACCAGCUUCGGGAUACCCAGGGAAUCCUACCCCGAGGUGCCCUUUGAGACCCAGACACAGCCCUACUCGCUCAUCUCGGAAGACGUAGCCUACCGCAUCUGCGCGAUACGGGAAACCUUCGAGGAAUCGGGCGUCCUCCUGCUGCACCCCGCUGGCGCCGAGACCCUGCGCCUGCCUCGGGCAUUUGUGCUGCCGGACGACCUGGCCUCCUGGAGGACCCGGGUCCGAGAAGACCCUCGCCAGUUCCUUCAGUUGUGCCGGCGCCUAGGGUGCAUGCCCAACAUCUGGGCCCUGCAAGAAUGGAGUAACUGGCUCACGCCUUUUGUGAGGAAAGGAGGCAGGCGCUUUGACACAAAGUUCUACAUUUGCUGCCUCCAGGAGAAACCCCAGACCUUCCUUGACAUGCUAGAAGUCAUUAAAUGCGAGUGGUUGACUCCAACAGAAGCAAUGAAAAAAUUUGAAGAUGAAGAAAUAUUAUUGGUACCUCCUCAGUUCUAUGAGAUAAGAAGACUUACACACUUUACCUUUUUAUCAGACCUGCACAAAUUUUGUUUGGACCGGAUUUCAGAAGGAUGUGAAAGAUGGCUGCCAAUUACAUUGCAAACACUAGAUAGUAUAAUACAGCUCUUACCAGGAGAUGAACUAUAUCGUGAAGACAAAGAUUUUUUAGAAAAAAAUUUAUCAAUCAACAAAACGACUGAAGAAAUUAUGGGAAAAGGAAAAAAAUUUCACAGACUAGUGCUCCACAGCCGUAAUAAUUAUAGCAUUCAUGUGACUAUUCAGCCAAAAUAUAAACAUAUAUAUCCAAAGAACUACUCAGGAUUUAAGAGCCAUUUAUAGUUUGCUGCUUGUUUAAAAGUGUGUCUUCUGCAAUUAUAAGUUUGUACUGAUGAAAAAUGUUUUUAGCAACUGUUAGAAGCGUAAGAAACUAGAACCCAGGAAUCACCAUCUUUCUGUAAGUUUACCUUAGAGGUACUCGUCUAUUUCCUUCUUCAAACUCUACAGUGUGCCAUAAAUUUAAUUAAUAUUACCUAUCUGACAAGUUUAUGUCAAUAUGCUAAGGAUGAUCACAGCACCCCAGAGCAUAGUGAAUAUAAGAGACAGCAUGUGAACCUGGAUCUUUCAGACUCUAAAGAUGAGCAAAUUUUUGAAGAGAAAAAAAAUGCCUCUUAGGUUUUACACCAUUUCUCUAGUAUUAUAGUUAACAUUCAAAUAUUUUAAAGGAAAAAUACAUAAAUUCUUAUAAAUUUUAAUUUUUAAAAUGUUUUAUUCUUCACUAUAAAAAAUGACAUAUACUAAGGUUUGUGAGUUCUAUAAUGUUUUAUUUUGCAUGAUAAGUAUUAAUUUUACCUUUCAUACAUUUUCCUUUUUAUUUCAUUAAAUUUAUCUAUAUUAAGUUUAUCUGACACGAAUUACAUAUCUACAUAAAAUGAUGUUCUUUGGUUAAAGUUUGAAACCUGUGGUCAGGACACUGGCUCAUAUUUCAGUUUCGAAGUUGUCUUUUUUUCCCUGAAUUUCCUUCUGAACCUCUGUACAUUAAAAAAAAUGUUUCAGUGAC